ACUAAACAAACAUGGCGGGUUGUGUUGCUAUCUUGUGGCUUCUACUAUUUAUAUUCUUUACUGCUGUUGCCUCAAAUGAAAACACGACUGCUUACAACUUCAAUCUCACGACAGUUUUCUCCGAGAAUGAGACUUUUUAUAAUUUGACCUCAAACGUCACGGAAACCACCACCGUUCCUGACGCCCAGGUUGGAGAGUCGGUAACUAGUGUUGGUGGUUCGGAUCCUCUGGCUGUCUCCGGGCGUCUACCAACCCCCGUCACGGAUGUUGGCAGUGUGUGUUCCUGUGAUGAACACGAGAAUCUAUGUGACAUCAACUGUUGCUGUGACACAGAGUGUCAUAAAGACGUGGCCUUGUUCACCGCCUGCUCACUUCCGACAAUCAGUGGCAACAAGCAUUUGUGCAGCCAUGAUUCAGCAUCCUAUUCUUUACAGUACACCGUGGACGGAUACUCCCAGCUACGGUCGUCUGUCCACAAGGACACCUAUUAUCAGACUUUCUGCAUUCAGUCACAGAAUCGAGUUGAUGGAUUUUCUUUUCUGGCUCCGGUUCUUCCAGUGGACACAAACUUUGACUUGCUCUUCAAACAAUUUAAACGUUUUGUUUUUAGCUCACAGGACGAUAGCGCUCAGAUCUCCACUGCUGUGACAGACAACUUUUAUCAGUAUGGAGAUGUAAUUGUGAGUGCUAAAGAAGAUGGACAAAGAGGAAUAUUUUGGCUGCCAGCUUCCAGUAUUACUGUUGAUUGUGUUGACCACAGCCCUGCAGCAUUUCUAGUGGACAUGAGAAGUCGCUGUUCUCGGCGGGUGGACCUGGAGAAAGACUGCAUCUCUCUACCAGCCCUUAAAGCAGACACAUAUACUAAGAUCAGUCUUUUUGCUCACAAGAAUGAGGGUGCCAAAUUUGGAUGGACAACUGGAUUCAAAAUACCGGUUGUACCUGUGGAGACCUCUUCAGUUGUCUUGCAAUCUUUAGCUGGCACUCAAAAUGAAAUCAACCUCAAUGAAGAGGAAGACAUUAAUCCACAUCUGAUUGAUCAGAACGUGUGUGCUAAUGUUGUCCUGAAGGUUGCAUACAUGGUGACGUACAGUGCUGCAGGUCAAGUAGUGAAAGCUGCUGUGCAACUGCUCCUAGCACACCUUCAUGCAACAUCACUGUCUCUGGAGCAGGAGUUUACUCUCACAUUUCUUCAGGAGAAAAAUGAGAACAUGGCCUACCAGAACAGUGGGAAUCCAGGUUAUUUGAAGGGACAGCCUCUUCUGUCUGGUCGAGCGACUUCUGAAGGAAUUGUGAGAAACCUUGGAGACACGCUGUCCAUUCCCCAGAGCUCAUCACACCACAACUGUUUGAGCAGUCCACAGCAGCGCUCUCCUGUCCUGUUUGGUGUGGAAUCAACAUCUGGCUGCACAUUAAGACUGGAGGAUGCAACCAACUGCUCUCUUGUUUCCCAAAUCAUUCUUGAUGUUCUGCAAGGACAAAACUAUCCCCAGUUUGUUGCCGCAUUUGGAAACUCUCCAUUAGAAAAUGCACUUGACUGGGUGCCCAUCCAGCACACCUACCAUCUCAAGGAUUCCCAGGUUUGCAGUAUCCCCUUGUCACUUGAUUUACAGAUUGAAUGGACUAAAUAUGGACUCUUGUUGAAUCCACAAGCUCAGAUUGUGAGCGUCAAACAAGUUAUCCAAACCAACAGCAGCAGUUUGGUUCUGAUGAACAGAGGCAACAGUGUGGUGUUAAUCAGGAGCUCGGUGAGCUUCUUUGAAGUUUCUGCUUCUGCUCUACCUGGUUACAGAGCCACGCCCACUAUCAACGCCCAGCUGCCUAUAGACUUCUUUUUUCCAUUUGUUUGA